GAGCCCGGGGAUGCGCACAAUGUUGAGUCUCCGCUCAGAGGCACCGCUGUGCUCGUCCUCUCCGCGCGUCUUGGCAGCGUCUUGGUGGAGGAGAGUAAUCCGAGGAGGUCGAGGAAACGUCCCGGUGUGAGCGCGCCUCGUCGCCCCGCGAAAACCAGCACAGCACAGACACUCUUUCUUAUUGUGGAAUUUACCGAGGCAGUGUUUUAUAUAUAUAUUUUUUAAAGAAGACGCACUUGGAAGGAGCAGAAAUUAAGUGCAGAGGAGCGCGAACGCUGGAGCCGGAGCACAGAGCCAAUCUCCUCUUCCUCUCCUCUGGCUCCCGAAAAGGCAAGAGUUGCGGUGGGAGAUGUUCCCCGCUCACUAGGUCCAGGUCUCACACGUCUGCAGAGGAGAGUGGGAUUUACAAUCAGAGCAGUUUCAUGAAGAGGAAAAAACAGCGCAUCCCGUAGAACAAAUUAAAGUUCUUGAAUUCAAGGGAGAGCAACCCAUUCACAAGCAAUUGGAUGAGAGUCCUAUUAGCCCUCGGCAACUAAAGAUGAUGCUACCAUGGAAACAAAUUGUUCUGCUAUCAAUCACUGGAUGCGUUGCAGUCUGUACAGAGGAUGUCAUAUUUCAAGGGCCAAGAUGGAGGACGGAGCCAAGUGACCUCAUUUUACCAAUCAACUCCCCAGACCAGCAGGCUACCAUCACGUGUGAGGCAGAAGGGGGUCCUCAUCUGCAGUACAGAUGGUCACUAAACGGAACACUCAUUGAUCUGGGGAAUGACUACCGGCGUCACAUGUCUGGGGGCAGCCUGAUCAUUAGCAAACUGGACAAGGACCAAGACACCGGGCUGUACCAGUGCACGGCCUUCAACACAUGGGGCUCCAUCCUCAGCCGCAGAGCCAGCCUCCAAUUUGCAUAUCUUGAUCAGUUCAAAACCCAAGCUGUAAGGAGUGCUGUCAACGUCCGUGAGGGCCAGGGAGUGGUACUGCUUUGUGGACCGCCGGCAUAUUCUGGAGAGCUGGCAUUUGCAUGGAUCUUCAACGAAUACCCGUUCUUUGUCCAACAAGACAGUCGUCGGUUCAUCUCUCAGGAGACUGGGAGUCUGUACAUCACUAAAGUGGAGCCCUCAGAUGUUGGGAACUACACCUGUGUGGUGAACAACACCGUCACGAGGGAGAAGGUGCUCAGCUCUCCAACACCCCUGGUCCUCAGAAGUGAUGGAGUAAUGGGUGAAUACGAACCUAAAAUAGAAGUUCAUUUUCCUGACUCAGUUCCAGCUGCGAAGGAAUCGGUAGUGAAACUGGAAUGCUUCGCUCUGGGAAACCCCGUCCCAGAAAUAAGCUGGAGGAGAACCAGCGGCGUCCCUUUCCCCAGCAAAGUCAAGAUGAAGAAUUCAAACGCCAUCCUUGAAAUCCCUAAUUUCCAGCAGGAAGACGCGGGGACGUACGAGUGCAUGGCAGAGAAUCGACGAGGCAAAAAUGCGGCGCGGGGCCGUAUUUCAUUCCAUGCUAAACCUCACUGGCUCCAGACAAUGACGGACACGGCUUUGUCCAUCGAGGAAAACCUCUUCUGGGAGUGUAAGGCCAAUGGAAAGCCUAAACCGUCCUACAGCUGGUUGAAGAAUGGGGAGCAGGUGCUGGGUGAGGGCCGGGUGCAAAUCGAAAACGGGGCCCUUUCUAUAGCAGCGCUAAACGUGUCAGACUCUGGGAUGUAUCAGUGUGUGGCUGAAAACAAACAUGGCAUUAUUUAUUCCAGUGCCCAACUAAUGGUGUUAGCCUCACCUCCCAGCUUCUCCAAAAGUCCGUUGAGGGCCUUGCUAAAAGCUCGCUCAGGCAGCGAAGUCACUCUCGAAUGCAGGCCUCAGGCCUCGCCCCCAGCAAUUAGCCUGUGGAAGAAAGGGAAUGAGAUCCUGCAGAGAAGUGAAAGGAUUACUCUGCUUCCCAACGGAACAUUAAAGAUCACCAAUGUCACCAGACGGGACGCGGCCAGCUACACCUGCAUCGCUAAGAACCAGUUUGGGACAGCAAGCACCACUGGGCGGCUGCUCAUCACUGAGCCCACCAGAAUCACCAUGAGGCCCACUAACAUGGAGAUUAUUGUUGGCGAGAGCAUCGUGCUACCCUGCCAGAUUGCCUGCGAUCCAGCGCUGGAUGUGUCUUUCUCGUGGGCAUUCAACGGCCAGCUCAUCGACUUCCAGCGAGACAGCGAUCAUUUCGAAAGAGUGGGCGGGAGUAUAUCAGGGGAUCUGAUGAUUCGUAACAUCCAGCUAAGCCACGGUGGGAAGUACGUCUGCGCUAUAGACACUGACGUGGAGAGCCUGUCCACCUCUGCAAUCUUAGUUGUCAAAGGUCCACCAGGUCCCCCGGACAAGGUGUCGGUGGAGGAGAUCACAGACAGCACGGCCCAGCUUUCCUGGACUCCUGGUCGAGACAACGGCAGCCCCAUCACAGGCUACAUCAUCCAGGCCCGGACGCCUUUUACGGUGGGCUGGCAGGCUGUUGACACAGUGCCGGAGGUAGUGAAUGGGAACAUGCUGACAGCCACAGUGGUGGGUCUGAAUGCCUGGGUGGAGUACGAGUUCAGGGUGGUGGCUCGCAACGCCGUGGGCCUGGGGGAGCCCAGCCCGGCCUCGGCCAAGACCAGGACUGAGGAUGCCAUUCCUGAUACAGCUCCCACUGAUGUUGGAGGUGGAGGCGGCACAAAGUCUGAAUUAGUGAUAACAUGGGAGCCUGUGCCAGAGGAACUGCAAAAUGGAGAGGGCUUUGGCUACAUCAUCGCCUUCAGGCCGGUGGGCACGGUCACGUGGACGCGGGCGGCCAUCUCCACGACGGGCGUGGCACGCUACGUCUUCCGCAAUGACACCAUCCCGCCCUUCUCGCCUUUCGAUGUGAAAGUGGGGGCAUACAACAACCGAGGGGAGGGGCCCUUCAGCUCGAUUGGCGCCGUGUACUCAGCAGAGGAAGUCCCCAGUGUAGCUCCGAAGAGGGUUAGGGCGAGAAGUGUGUCUGCAGCACAAAUUGAAGUGAUCUGGGAAACUCUGCCUGCCGUCCCUGAAAGAGUGCUUGGAUACGAGGUUGUGUACUGGGAAGACGACACCAAGCCUGACACUGUUGGCAAAGUGCGCAUAUCUGGAAACUACACGCUGGUUAACAUCACAGGGCUGAAAGCGAACACAGUGUACUACCUCUCUGUGGCUGCUUUCAAUACAGCUGGCCCCGGGCCGCAGUCGGCACCCAUCAACACCACCACAAAGAAACCACCCCCAGACAGGGCUCCCCUGAACAUACAAUGGACCAUGAUUGGCUCCACACUCACGCUGCACUGGGAUCCCGUAGUAGCCAUGGAGACAGAGUCAAAGGUCACUGGAUAUUUGGUGCUGCUGAAAAGAAAUCGCUACAACGACAUCAGCACUAUCUUGACCAACAAAACCACUGUGGAGCUCAGCCUUUCCUCCAACGACAACUAUCUCAUUCAGAUCAAGGCCACGAGCGAGGGCGGUGAAGGUGUGGGCAGCGAACCCAUCCACAUCCACAAAUUAAGCAUGGGCGCGCGAGGCUCAGGAGCGAGCCCCCUCAGCCCAUUGUACCUCCCUGCAGUCCUCAUCAGUGCACUGCUCUGCUCCGUCUGGUGAUGUCUAAUCAGAGCUUACAGAGUGCACCAACCCCCCCCCUCCUCCUCCCCUUUCCGUCCCUUCAGUCAGCCUGUCCUACGCUAACCCCCCACUGGACUGGCACGAGGCCCGGUCUUCAGUGGCAGGACUGGGAAAGACUGGAAAGGAUUGGACUGCACCAAACUCUUAAAGGGACCACGCCACUUCUUUUAAAAAGGACCAUCAGACAGAGAUGUGAUGAUGAUUUGCGUGCAUGAUAUCUUUUGGUAUUUCUUCCAGUGUCAUAAGUGCCGCCAUGCUAAAGGUUUCAUUUUAGAAGUUAUGAUGUCUAUAUGACUUAUCUUCGUGGUAUCUCUGCAGAUACUAAUGCCUUAAAAACCCAUUUUACACAUACAGUCCAUACCAAAGUAGGUGACAGAGGCUGCUUGCUCUAUGGUUUCUUUAACCCUAUGUAAAAAAAAACAAGAUUUUGUAUUCACAAGAACUUACCUUCUCAAGAUCAACUUCUCUGCAGAAAGACUACUCUAUAAUCAUUGGGUGCAUCCAUAUUUUAUUAUCUCAAAAUGAAACUUAAACUAAACCAUUUCUAUAUGACAUCACCAGCUGACACACAUCCCAUUUUUGCAGCUUUUGCCAAAAGUAACAUCCAUCACAGACUCGAAAGUUUUACCAGGCUUUGUCAAAUAUAUGAAAGAUGCAUAGCAAAUUGAUCAACUCUGCCUCAAAUUGACUUAUCUCUGCAUUCGGAAAUAAAAUUAGGUUUGUCGGAGAGCCACAUGCUCCUGAGCUCAAGGCUACUGUAGAAUACUCUGAUUGGCAUUUUGCUCUCUAUCUCAUGCUCCACUAAAUAAUAAAUGCCUAUCACACCCUGCAUUCUUCGUCGAGUGAAAAAGAUGGGAUUGCCGAGAACAGAGAUGUUACUAUGUCAAACAGAUCCCAUGUGUACUGUUCCUCCUCUGCAUUUAGAUGACCUGUGUUCUAGAUACGUAUAUUAUACCACAGAACCUCUACCAUCUCCGCUCCAAAUGACCAGCUGGCAGAGUGCACAAUGGACUCCAGGAUAACAGUGCCUUCACUAGAGCUCACUCUUGAUUCUUUUUUCUUUCCGUCCUUUUUCAGAUACUUUAGGAGAAAGUUACAUGUUGCAGAGGCGGCGUGGUUUUCUUUUGUUUCCAUAGAAAUAAGUUACAAGGGACAGGAAACUCAGGAUGUAGAGGGAGCCCAUUAUUGGAAAGGGUACAUUGAUUAAAUUUUCAUCGAGACAAGUACACCGGCGCACCCAAGAGAAAAUGGGUUGGAAGCUUGAGGAAAGCCGCGAUGGAUUGAGAUAUAUGGUGGACAUUUGGGUCCCAGUAUUUAUGGUCUGUGGUAUAAUAAAUGUAUGACUCCAUCCGUAACAUAAUUUAUGGACUAUUAAGGCAUCAGAAUAAAUUAUGCCAAUACCAUGGUGAAUAGAGCUCUGACUGGAAAUGGAGCGAAAGGCAUGGCUGUCAUUUUACACCCCCACGCCAUCAUAAUCAUCUAUUGGACGUAUACCAGACUGAACAGUAACAACAAAACAUUGCAGCUCUGCUGAGGGAGCUAAUUUCCACGCCCUUUUAUCAUGUGGAUGAGUCUGUCAAAAGCCACCCAGUCGAGGUGUGAUUACUGGGGUUCUGACAUUGUUCAUGUCGACGUGGAGGGAUAAAGUCAACUGAACUGAUACACAUUACUGUGCCUUUGCGGAACAUGGGGCUGUGUACCGUCAUUAGCUCGGAGGCUGUCGUCGUUGUCUGUAUUUUGCACUCCGUACCCCGAACCCAACCCCAAAGUCGAAUGAAAGCACAAGGAACUGAUGCAAGGUGACUGGAUGUCCUCACUUAGCCAUCUGGACAGGUGUGCAGACCCCAGAGGCCUCGUAAAAAGUCCAAACGGCCGACAUAAUCAGGCUGUCCUAUCUGCUCCUUGACUGGUUUCAUAAAGCUCUGUGCUCGUUGAUUAGACUGCUGCAGACCAGUCAAUGGGAUAUUGAUUUUCCUGCCCCAUUAUUACAGCUGUCACAAUUCAGCUGCUUGAUUGACUGAUGGCCGUGUUACUAUUGCACUUGUUCUGUUGUGUUACAUUCAUUGAUGUUUCAGAUGCCCUCCGCUACAAGAAGAUUUCAAAGGCAUUCUUUUCUUUGUUGUUGUAUUUUUGGUUUUACCAGAAAUCUCAUUUCUAUUUGCUCAAUUUUCACAGGUUGUACCAGUAUUUUGUAGUGUAGUGGUAGAUUGUGACUUUGAAUUGGAGCAGUGACCUGCAACUGAUUGGCUACUUGAUUCUUUUGAGUAACAAGUCAAACACAACCACUGUUGGGCUGUUGGGCUCCAGCAGUAGUACACCUGUAUCUUUCUUUGCAACUGCAUAACAGCCCAGUCACACCAGGACAUCAUGACCAAAUUAUGGAAUUGAUGCGAUUAGUGCCGAGCUGUAACUUUGUUGGUGACGUUUUUUCGUGUUAUUACCAUAGCUAACUGUAACUGUUGUUCCGUUGAGGGAACAGAAAAAUGAUGUGUCCAUAUACUUUGAACCCUCCUCUAUGGAUGUGUACACUGCUCCAUGAUAGAGGAAUACGUUAUGAGACAUGUUUUGAUGGUAGAAGUACAUCUUUGGAAUAAACUGUGUGAACUAAAUAUCCCUUUAUAAACUGAGCUCAAGCUAGCUAGUUUGGAGAGUUAUUGUUGCCAUUCAAUAAUUCUUUAUUUAAUUUAAAACGUUUAACUAAAAUUUAAUUGCACAGGAUAGAACUAAUACAAAAGGAUAAUAUAGGUAAAUAAAAAGGUGAUAGAGAUAAAAAGCUGUUGUGCACGACUAGCACUAGUAUGUUUACAGCUGUCUGGCGUGUAGCCACGUGCUCGAUAACUAGCUCAGAAACUAGCUUAGUUUCCAAAAUAUGUGUGGAUAAAUUUCCCUGUGCCACUUUCUGGUGUGACUGGGCCUUAAAGUAGCUUGUGUGUGCAAAUACUUGAUCCAAGUGUUGUUAAUAUUUCCAUUGAUAUCCAAAUAAGGUAACCUCACCGCCAAACGGCUGGCUAAUAUAGGUUAUUAAUUUACCGUGCUUAAAUGUGUGGUUUCUCAAAGCUUUCUUAUUUUACAUUGCCUAGUUGUAGUUCAGCCUAAUGUUUCUUUCCUUUGCUCUUGCUCACAUAAGAAAAGCAUAAAACUACUGAUUCUGGCCUUGUGCGUUAAUAAUUAUUACAACUACAAUCUAAAGGACGUGAGGCAAGUGCCACCAACUGAAGUAGUUGAAAUGAUCACAGAACAACAUAUCUAAUAUCCACAUGUUCGGUUCAGUUAGAUUGGUUUCUGUGUUAGUUGUUGCAAGAAAAGAGUGUGUCGGGUGCAGUGUAAAUAGCUUGCGUAUAUUUUUUAAACAUGGCCAUCAAAGACAACCUUAUUGCUUUUAUAUAGUGUGUUCUCUGACCUUAAUACUGCUGUAUUAAUCACUGAUCUCUGUGAGAUACUGACAUGUAGAAUGGCAUUUUCAUAUUGAAAAGUAACUGUUUUGUCUUGUAUACUAAAAUUGUGCAUGUUAAUAAUUGUUUGUGAGUUUGUGUUGGAUUUUUUUCUAAAACUAUAACUUAAUAAAAAUGUUUAUUCCAGCCA